CGCGUCACUCGGCGCCCUCGGCGAGCACCUACCACUGGCCGAGAAGCGGAAGGGAGAGGCCGCGACCCUCCCCUGCCGGCGGGCCCUGCGCCAGGGUGCGGGUUGCCCGGCCUGGCGCUAAAUUUGAAAACACAAUCCUCUGGCUGGCUCCGGAAACGCAACGAAAAGAAAUUCGUGCCGCGGGCCGCCCCCGGGGCUGCCAGUCCCUCCGUGCGCCGCGCCACCCGGAACAGACCUCUCUCCCGGCCGCCCGCUCCCAGGGCUGCGGCCCGCGGCGCCGUGCUCGCGCCCGGAGGCAUGGCGGGCCGCGGGGACGGCGCGGACGGGGCUCGCGCCCGGCAGCACGUGUUCCUGCUCCCAGAAUAUUUAAAAGAUGCUUCAAAGAAGAUGAAAAGUGGGCUUAUGUUUAUAAAAUUGGUUAAUCCAUGUUCAGGGGAAGGAGCCAUUUACUUGUUCAAUAUAUGUCUGCAGCAGCUGUUUGAAAUAAAAGUUUUCAAGGAAAAACACCAUUCUUGGUUUAUAAAUCAAUCGGUUCAAUCAGGGGGUCUUCUCCACUUUGCCACACCGAUGGACCCUCUGUUUCUGCUUCUCCACUACCUUAUAAAGGCUGGCAAAGAGGGAAAGUUUCAGCCCCUAGAUCAAGUUGUGGUGGAUGACAAGUUUCCAAAUUGCAUCUUGUUACUGAAACUUCCUGAACUUGAGAAGUUACUUCGACACGUGACGGAGGAAAGAGAAAUAGACAAAAAGAAAUAUUACAAGUUCAGCAAAGAGAAGACAUUAAAGUGGCUGGAAAAAAAGGUUAAUCAGACUGUGGCAGCAUUAAAAACCAAUAAUGUAAAUGUUGGUGCCCGAGUACAGUCAACUGCAUUUUUCUCCGGUGACCAAGAUUCCAGUGGCAAGGAAGAGGAUUAUAUUCGUUAUGCCCACGGUCUGAUAUCUGAUUACAUCUCUAAAGAAUUAAGUGAUGACUUAUCUAAAUAUUUAAAGCUUCCAGAACCUUCAGCUUCAUUGCCAAAACCUCCAUCAAAGGUGGCAGCACAAAGAAAGAAAAGGGACAAGUGACAGCAGGUCUACGCAAGGCUUGGCUGCUUCUCAGUGUAACUUAAGACAUUCCCAAAGGGCUAAGACUUUUUCUUCUGCACUUGCUAGAAAAUCACCAAAUGCCAAAAGAUGUAUUUUAAAGAACUAAUCAUGAAUGUUUUAUUUCUUUGAUCAAUACCACUAGUCCAUUUGGACCGCGGCAUUUCCCCCGGAGGGUGAAUCUGUCAUGGAAAUUGAAAGCACCCCCAGAGUGUGAACCUUCUCAAUCUCUGAGGAAUUCAAGCCAUGUCACUCCUCUUCCCUGAGCCUGUGCCCAACAAAGGUGUGGAUUUUUCCAGUGUAGUGCUUCGGAUUUCAAAACAUUGAGAGGAGAAGACUCAUUGUGAAAUUCGUGUCAUUUCUUAAGCCUGACCACUUUGGCCUGUUCUGCUUUCCUGGGGUUGGGCGAGCAUGUUUCGGGUCUGUAUAUGGUGACUUAAGUACUUGAUCCCACACUAAAAGCUUUGAUGAACCAAGUUUCUACCUUUACUUUAAAAAAAAGCAUGACUUUUCUUUACUCCUUAUCAGUUUGGCAGCUUCUAAUUCAUAAUGAUACCUGAACAUGUGCAUUUUACAUCUGCUGAAGUUAUAGACAUUGCUUCCUUUUUAAA